AUGAAUCUUUCAACCAUCGGCAUGAUUCUAAAGGACAAGGACAAGAUCAUGAAACAUGUGAAGUCUGCUGGGCCAAUGAUGUCGACAGUAAUGUUGAAGAAGCGUGGGAAAGUGAAGGAGAAGAUGGAGAAACUUCUCAGGAGUUAUAGCGACUUUCAAGAAGUUAUAGCGACUUUCCGUCAGGCAGUGAAGUGUCAGCCCCUGGAUGCCAGCUGUUGUAUUGAACUGAUCUACGUACUUUUCAAGGUACUGACAUUCGUGUAUGCUCUGCUUACCCGAGGGAGGCCUUUUCCUCUUAUAAUACUUUUCAAAGGUGUUGCCUUCUGUAUCGGAAAUGGAUUCCUUCAAGGCUACUAUCUGAUCUACUGUGCCGAAUACCCUGCUGACUGGUACACAGACAUACGGUUCGGCUUGGGUGUCUUCUUGUUUGUCUUGGGAAUGGGAAUCAACAUUCAAAGUGACUAUAUCUUGCGCCAACUCAGGAAGCCUGGAGAAAUUACCUACAGGAUUCCACAAGGCGGCUUGUUUACGUACGUUUCUGGAGCCAAUUUCCUUGGCGAGAUUGUUGAAUGGAUUGGUUACGCCUUGGCCACCUGGUCUCCCCCGGCACUCGCCUUCGCAUUUUUCUCACUCUGCUUCCUUGGGCUGCGAGCUUUCCACCACCACAGGUUCUACCUCAAGAUGUUUGAGGAUUACCCCAAAUCUCGGAAAGCCCUUAUUCCAUUCAUCUUCUAAGAAACCCAAAGAAAACAGGAACUAAGCUCUUACAAUACCAGUGAAAACUGUCAAGCUGCUGAAAUCAUCACUGUCAUGGUGUAAU